CAAUCAACUUUGCCAGGAAACAUUUGAUGAAAGAGCUUUGUUCUGUCACUCUUUCCAACUCAAGUGGGAAAACUUGGACUGCUACCUUAAAGCAAAGACAAAGAGGGAAAAGGCUAGAUUGGGUGCUACUAACUGGAUGGAAAACUUUUGCACAGGAUAACAAUCUCCAAGUCGGUGAUGUUUGCGCCUUUGAGCUAAUAAACAGUAUCGAAAUAUCAUUCAGAGUAGUCAUUUACCAAGGCCAGGAUUUAAAUUAUCGUCAGUCAUUAGCUUCAACUGAUGUGGUUCGUCCGGCGAAAAGGAAGGCUCCAUCAUGUGCAAGUCCGAGCUGCGCUGAACCCUUGACUGAACUACAAAAAGCUAAAGCUCUUCAAAUAGCCAGUGCCUUCAAAUCAGAAAAUCCAUUCUUUGUUAUUGUACUUCAGCCAUCAUAUGUCAAUUCAAAUAGAGUGUGUAUACCAACGAAUUUUGCGAGGCAAUAUCUGUCAAAGAUGCACAAUGAGGUCAUACUUCUCCUUUCAAAUGGAAAAUCAUGGCCAGUAAUAUGUUCUCAGUAUAGAACUGGACCAAAGCCACAUGUAAAAUUUGGUACUGGUUGGCGUAAAUUUUCCGUGGAUAAUAAUUUAGAAGUUGGUGAUGCUUGUGUCUUUGAACUGGUCGAGGGUGCUGAAUCCUCGAUGAACAUAACCAUUUAUAAGAUGCAUGCUGAUCAGGACGCAAAUUUGGGCUCAUCAAUGGAUGAUAGAAGUGGAGAGCAACAAGUUGAACUCCAUGAAAGAUUGGUGAUUAAAACUGAAGAAUCUGUUUGGACGGCAUUUUGAUGUCAAAAACAUGUUCUCCAGGCAAAGACUAAGAAGAGACAACACAAAGCUAUCAAACAUUACUGGAGAAUGAGGCAAUCCAAGAUACCAACUGGUUGGACCCGAUUGAUGCAUUGGUUCAACAAAUCAAACCAUUUUAGAACUCGGAGAUGAAAUUAGUCCGACGUAUAACUGUCCGCUGCAUCGUUAAGUUAGAACCUUUUCCAUAGUUAACCAUGACAUUGUAACAUGUUUCUGAUGCUCUGAUCAUAUGAACAUUUCAUCUGUAACAAGGUGCCUUUAGAAUUUUCCAGUAAAAUAAUAAUCGAAAGGACUUUGCUGUGUCAAGAAUCAGUGCAAA